AUGUUAAUAACGAAGUACACAGCGAUUCUUUUGGAGAGUGCCAAAAUGUCGGAGGCGCGAAACACCACUCCGUCGAGGUCCGACGGUGACUGGUCGUCUUUGGAUAGCGCCCGCCGAAAACGCUGGAGAAGGAGGACUUAUGCUUAUAGAAAAUACAUCAAAGUAUGGAAAAGCCCUAGAGGCCCGAAACCUGAACAGAAGGAACAGUUGUACAAGGAACAGACGCAAAAGUACAUGCCUCAAGAAGAGAUGUAA